UGACACUUUAGACAAAAUUCAAGAGCAACCUGUUCAGUUUGUAUCAGAGUCUGGGGAAUCUGUGGUGGAAGUUGUGGAAGAGGUAAGUGUUGAAACACGAACUGAUGAAGAAAUUGAGCAGACAGAAGUGUCUAGACAUGUUAGUGAAAUAGACAUCUACCCCACUGAACAGAUCACUGAAAUAAGACCACAGAUCAUCAGAGAAGAAUUGGUCAUUAUAAAAGAACAAGAGGAGAUGGUACCAGAAGAGGAGGAGGUCCUUGAAGAAGUUGAAACAGAAAUCUUUGAGGUCUGUUCUGAGAAAGUUGAAGAAGAAAUUUUACCGCAGAAAGAAACAGAAAAACCAUCACUUACUACGAAAGAAAUACAUGUAGAAGUCAGUGAAGAAGAACAAGAAGUUGAAAUAACAAAAGAAAUACUCCUAUAUCCAGAAGAGACCAUCACAGAAGAGAGAACCCAAAUCUUUAAAGAAGAAUUGGUCGUUGAAAAGGAGAAAGAAGAAAUGGCACCAGAAGAUAUUGACGUCACUGAAGAAGUGCCAACAGAAGAGAUUGAGAGUAUCCCUUCAGAGAAAGUUCAUGAAGACAUUGUAUCAUAUGACUUUGGAGAACAGCCGUCCAUCACUGCAGAUGAAACAGAGUUUGGGGUUACUGAAGUAGACAAAGAAGUAGAGGAAUCGAUGAAAAUUGAAGACUAUGCUGAAGAGACUGCAACAGAAGUUAUCUCACAGAUAUUCAGAGACAGGUUGGUCAUCGAAAAAGAACAAGAAGGACAAGCACCAGAAGAAGAAGAGGUGGACACUGUAUUGGAGACAGAUGUUAUUGAAGUGAAACCAAUUGAACGCAUUGAGGAAGACAUGUUACCAGAAGAUGUUUCAGACAGACUCACAGUAACUAUUGAUAAAGUACAUGUUGAUGUCACAGAAGUAGAAGAGGAAGAAGAGGUAAGCAAAGAAAUUCCCUUAUAUCCAGAAGAAAUCGUUACAGAAGAAAGAAUUCAAAUUUUCAGAGAAGAACUGGUUAUAGAUAAAGAAAAACCAGAAAGUGUUCAUGAAGUGGAAGAGGUAACUCAAGAAAUUCAGUUGGAGGAAUUUGAGAUCACACCCGCAGACAAAGUUGAAGAAGACAUGGUCCCAUUUAUGGAAGCUGAUAAACCCAAUGUCAUAAGAGAUGAAAUACAAGUGGAAACCACUGAGGGAGAAAAAGAAGUUGAUGUUAUCAAUGAAAUUCCUCUUUAUCCAGAAGAAACUAUCACAGAAGAGAGAUCACAAAUCUACAGAGAAGAAUUGAUCAUUGAAAAAGAGGAGCCAAACCAAGCACCAGAAGAUCAAGUGUUAGCAGAAGAAGAACAGCUAGAAGUCUUUGACACUAUACCUUCAGAGAAAAUUGAUGAAAAGGCAGUACCUUUUGAAGAGGCUGAUAGUCCUUCCAUCACAACAGAUGAAAUACAAGUUGAAGAAACUGUAAUAGAAAAAGAAGCUGAAGUUAUCAAUGAAAUUCCUCUUUAUCCAGAAGAAACUAUCACAGAAGAGAGAUCACAAAUCUACAGAGAAGAAUUGAUCAUUAAAAAAGGGGAGGAAAACCAAGCACCAGAAGAUCAAGAGAUAGCAGAAGAAGAACAGCUAGAAGUCUUUGAAAUGGGUCCUUCUGAGAAAAUUGAAGAAGAAAUUGUAAGACAUGAAGAGGCUGAGCACCCAACUAUUACUGCAGAGGAAAUACAAGUAGAUGAAACAGUUAUAGAAAGAGAAGUUGAAGGUAUCCAUGAAAUUCCUUUAUACCAGGAAGAGACUAUCACAGAAGAGAGAUCACAAAUCUACAAAGAGGAACUGAUAAUUGAAAAACAAAAAGAAAAAUUGACACCGGAAGUUCAAGAGGCAAUUGAAGUGGUCAAAGAAGAAAUACUUGAGAUCACUCCAUCAGAAAAUGUUGAAGAAGAGAUUGUAUCUCGAGACAAAGAUAAACUCAUGGUCACUCUGGAUGAAGUGCGUGUGAAAGAAAUGGAACAAGAAGAGGAUGUUGAAGGACCUAGAGAAAUUGAUGUUUACCCAGAAGAGACUGUCAUAGAAGAAAGAGCACAAAUGUUCAGAGAAGAUCUGGUCAUUGGCAAAAAGAAGGAAGGAAUGGCACCAGAAGACCAAGAAUUAACAGAAGAAGUUUUGUUAGAAGAAUUGCAGAUAAAUCCUUCAGAGAAAAUUGAAGUAGAAAUUGUACCUGAUGAAUCUGGUGUGAAAGCUUCAGUGUAUGCAGAUGAGAUACAGGUGGAUAUAACCAAAGAAGAGAAAGAAGAAGAUGACAUUAAGGAUUUAGAUGUACACAUAGAAGAGACAGUAACAGAAGAAAGAACUCAAAUGUUCAGAGAAGAAUUGGUUAUUGAAAAUGAGAAGGAAGAAAUGGCACCGGAAGACAGAGAAGUAGGUGUUGAAGUUCAGUUACAAGAAUUUGAGUCUACUCCUUCAGAGAUGCUCAAAGAAGAAGGUGUACCUUUUGAAGAGACUGUGAAACCAUCUGUCAAUGCAGAUGAAAUGCAAGUGGAUGAAACUACAAUAGAAAAAACAGUUGAGAUUACCAAUGAAAUUCCUCUUUAUCCAGAAGAAACUAUCACAGAAGAGAGAUCACAAAUCUUUAGAGAAGAAUUUAUCAUUAAAAAAGAGGAGGAAAAACAGGCACCAGAAGACAUAGAGGUAGCUGAUGAAGUUCAAGAAGAAAUAUUGGAGAUCACUCCAUCAGAUAAAGUUGAAGAAAUUGUACUAGAAAAAGAUACUGAAAAACCUUUAGUUGAUGCUUAUGAACUACAUGUGGACUUAACAGAGCAAGAAGAGGAUGUUGAAGGAUCCAGAGAAAUUGAUGCUUAUCAAGAGGAGACAGUCAUAGAAGAAAGAAUACACAUGUUCAGAGAAAAACUGGUCAUUGAAAAAGAGAAAGAAGAAAUGGCACCAGAAGAUCAAGAGGUAACAGAAGAAGUUCAUUUGGAAGAAUUUGAGAUUGCUCCUUCCGAGAAAAUUGAAGUAGAUAUUGUACUACAAGAAGGAUCAGAGAAACCAUCUGUGACUGCGGAUGUGAUGAAAGUGGAUGAAAUAGUAAUAGAAAAAGAUGUUGAGGUUACCAAUGAAAUUCCUCUACAUCCAGAAGAAACCAUCACAGAAGAGAGAUCACAAAUCUAUAGAGAAAAACUGAUCAUUGAAAAAGAGGAAGAAAAACAGGCACCAGAAGCCCAAGUGGAUGCACAAGAAGUUCAGUUAGAAGUCUUUGACAUUACUCCUUCAGAGAUACUUAAAGAAGAAAUUACAGUGUCUCAACCUGAAGUAGAAGAAGUUGAGGAAGAAAUUACAGUGUCUCAACCAGAUAUAGAAGAAUUCAAAGUUGAAAUCUCUGUACCUCAGCCUGAAAUAGAAGAGAUUGAGGAAGAAAUAUUAGUGUCAAAACCUGAAGAAGAAGAAGUUGUGGAAGAAAUUACAGUAUCUCAGCCUGAAGUGGAAGAGGUUGAGGAAGAAAUUACAGUUUCUCAACCUGAAGUAGAAGAAUUCAAAUCUGAAAUUUCUAUAUCACUGCCUGAAGUGGAAGCAAUGACGGAAGAAAAAACAGUGUCUCAACCUCAAGUUGAAGAAGUUGAGGAAGAAAUAACAGUGUCUCAACCGAAAGUAGAAGAAGUUGAGGAAGAAAUUACAGUGUCUCAACCGAAAGUAGAAGAAGUUGAAGAAGAAAUAACAGUUUCUCAACCUGAAGUUGAAGAGGUUAAGGAAGAAAUUACAGUUUCUCAACCUGAAGUAGAAGAAUUCAAAGCUGAAAUAUCUGUUUCACAGCCUGAAGUUGAAGAAGUUGAGGAAAAAAUUACACUUUCUCAGCCUGAAGUGGAAGAGGUUGAGGAAGAAACUACAGUUUCUCAACCUGAAGUGGAAGAAGUUGAGGAAGAAUUUACAGUUUCUGAACCUGAAGUAGAAGAAUUCAAAGCUGAAAUCUCUGUUUCACAGCCUGAAGUGGAAGAAGUUGAGGAAGAAAUAAUAGUUUCACAACCUGAAGUAGGAGAAUUUGAUGAAGAAGUUGCAGUGUCUCAGCCUGAAGUGGAAGAGGUUGAGGAAGAAAUUACAGUGUCUCAGCCUGAAGUGGAAGAGGUUGAGGAAGAAAUUACAGUGUCUCAGCCUGAAGUGGAAGAGGUUGAGGAAGAAAUUACCGUUUCUCAACCUGAAGUAGAAGAAGU